AUGGCAACAAGAGUUUCUUUCAACCGCCGAUGUUUGCAUGACAUUGGGCAUACUCCAAACCCAUAUGAGCAGGCAUUAUCAAUUAUUGGAAGAACUCUAUCUGCUUUUGAUGAGGAUAAUCUUAUUCCUUGCUUUGGAUUCGGAGAUGCAUCAGGAGGACCAACAUCCUUUGCACCAAUAAUUGAAACAGCCAUCGGCAUUGUAGAUAAUAGUGGUGGCCAAUAUCAUGUUCUUCUUAUAAUAGCAGAUGGACAGAUUCCUGAGACUUCAAAAGCUCAUAGAGAUGAUGAUGAUGGAGCUGAAUCCCGUCCUUGA